AUGGCUGCUAAAUUUGUGAUCCUUGCUGUCUUGGCUUUGUGUGCCUCAGCUCAGGCUGGUGUUACCACCUUUGCCUCUUCGUACAAUGCCCACAGCAUCAAUCAUGCAGUGGCUUAUCCAGCCGCUACACCUGCUACCCCAACCUUGGCAGCACCAGCUGUAGCUCCUGCUGCUCCAGCGGCUAAAGUUGAAUAUACUGCUCCAGCUGUUGCUGCUCCCGUCAAUCCUGUGCCUGUACCUGCCAAGGUUGGUUUUGCUGCCGGCGCCACUCUUCCCUAUGGCAGUCCAUUUGUUGGUCAAACCUUUGCUGCUCCAGCUGUAGCUCCCUUCACACAAUUUGCUGGUCCAGCUAAUGUAUACCCUGCUGCUGCUGCUCCAGUUCCCGCCACCCUGCCAUUUGCCGCUCCUGGAAAAUUUGCCUUCCCAGCUCAACCAGCUGCCUUGCCUGUCUUCAAUUAUGCCUAUCCACCCACUGCCUUUGCUGCACCUGGUAAAUUUGCCUUCUCUGCCCCCGCACCAGCCCCUGUCUAUGGUGCCGCCUAUGGUGUACCAGCCGCUAAAUUGCCCAAUCCUUACUUUGCCUAA